AUGGGGGAUGAAAAAAGAGAUGGUAUGGUGGAGGAGAUGGGCAUGGGGGUUGAUAGCACAUCCCCAGCCACACCAUCCCCCGUACCAGCACAUCCCCAGCCACACCAUCCCCCGUACCAGCACAUCCCCAGCCAUACCAUCCCCCAUACCAGCACAUCCCCAGCCACACCAUCCCCCGUACCAGCACAUCCCCAGCCACACCAUCCCCCAUACCAGCACAUCCCCAGCCAUACCAUCCCCCAUACCAUCACAUCCCCAGCCAUACCAUCCCCCGUACCAGCACAUCCCCAGCCAUACCAUCCCCCAUACCAACCAGCACAUCCCCAGCCAUACCAUCCCCAAUACCAGCACAUCCCCAGCCAUACCAUCCCCCAUACCAACACAUCCCCAGCCAUACCAUCCCCCAUACAAGCACAACCCCAGCCAUACCAUCCCCCAUACCAACCAGCACAUCCCCAGCCAUACCAUCCCCAAUACCAGCACAUCCCCAGCCAUACCAUCCCCCAUACCAGCACAUCCCCAGCCAUACCAUCCCCCGUACCAGCACAUCCCCAGCCAUACCAUCCCCCAUACCAGCACAUCCCCAGCCAUACCAUCCCCCAUACCAACCAGCACAUCCCCAGCCAUACCAUCCCCAAUACCAGCACAUCCCCAGCCAUACCAUCCCCCAUACCAGCACAUCCCCAGCCAUACCAUCCCCCGUACCAGCACAUCCCCAGCCAUACCAUCCCCCAUACCAGCACAUCCCCAGCCAUACCAUCCCCCGUACCAGCACAUCCCCAGCCAUACCAUCCCCCGUACCAGCACAUCCCCAGCCAUACCAUCCCCCGUACCAGCACAUCCCCAGCCAUACCAUCCCCCGUACCAGCACAUCCCCAGCCAUACCAUCCCCCAUACCAGCACAUCCCCAGCCAUACCAUCCCCCAUACCAGCACAUCCCCAGCCAUACCAUCCCCCAUACCAGCACAUCCCCAGCCAUACCAUCCCCCAUACCAGCACAUCCCCAGCCAUACCAUCCCCCGUACCAGCACAUCCCCAGCCAUACCAUCCCCCGUACCAGCACAUCCCCAGCCAUACCAUCCCCCGUACCAGCACAUCCCCAGCCAUACCAUCCCCCGUACCAGCACAUCCCCAGCCAUACCAUUCCCCAUACCAGCACAUCCCCAGCCAUACCAUCCCCCGUACCAGCACAUCCCCAGCCAUACCAUCCCCCGUACCAGCACAUCCCCAGCCAUACCAUCCCCCGUACCAGCACAUCCCCAGCCAUACCAUCCCCCGUACAACCACAUCCCCAGCCAUACCAUCCCCCGUCCCCCAUACCAGCACAUCCCCAGCCAUACCAUCCCCCGUACCAGCACAUCCCCAGCCAUACCAUCCACCGUACCAGCACAUCCCCAGCCAUACCAUCCCCCGUACCAGCACAUCCCCAGCCAUACCAUCCCCCAUACCAGCACAUCCCCAGCCAUACCAUCCCCCAUACCAGCACAUCCCCAGCCAUACCAUCCCUCGUACGAGCACAUCCCCAGCCAUACCAUCCCCCCUACCAGCACAUCCCCAGCCAUACCAUCCCCUGUACCAGCACAUCCCCAGCCAUACCAUCCCCCAUACCAGCACAUCCCCAGCCAUACCAUCCCCCAUACCAGCACAUCCCCAGCCAUACCAUCCACCGUACCAGCACAUCCCCAGCCAUACCAUCCCCCAUACCUGCACAUCCCCAGCCAUACCAUCCCCCAUACCAGCACAUCCCCAGCCAUACCAUCCCCCAUACCAGCACAUCGCCAGCCAUACCAUCCCCCAUACCAGCACAUCCCCAGCCAUACCAUCCCCCAUACCAGCACAUCCCCAACCAUACCAUCCUAA